AUGCCCAUCCGUAGGCACUUGAACAUGCCUGGCUCGGAAAGUAAAGGUCCACAACGAGAUGAUGGAAGUUGGAGAGUCAGAAGGAACGCUCAAAUUGAAGAAAUAAUAUCCAAGCCCCAAAUAAUUGGCAAAAGCAAGGCAGCUCGACUUAGUUGUCUCGACUAUGUGGAGAGGAUGACAGAGAAUGACCUGCGUCAGCUUGAAGAGUCCGAUUUCGAUUGGCGAAAAGCUGCUCAGGAUAAAAAGGAAUGGCGGAAUCUAGUGUUUGUGCACAAAAUCCACUUUGGAUCGCUGAGCAAGCAUGGCAAA